CCUUCAAGGCAUGUGUCCACCACACUCCUCUACUACCUCCCUAUUCUUCCUCAUCACCAUCUUCUUGCUUAUCAACUCUCUAUCAUUUUCCUUUCCAUGGCUUCCAACCAAACAUCUCUUCAUGACGUGAAAUUCUCAAUCCCCAUUCAAGACGUCGAGCAACAAACAAGCCUAGAAAUCGAAGAAAAGGACUUUAUUGAUUACUCCAAACGGUCCCAAUGGUUACGUGCAGCGGUCCUAGGAGCCAACGAUGGGUUAAUUUCUACUGCCUCUUUAAUGAUGGGUGUUGGAGCUGUCAAGCAAGACAUUAAGGCCAUGAUCCUCACCGGCUUUGCUGGCUUGGUGGCCGGUGCUUGUAGCAUGGCUAUUGGAGAGUUUGUCUCCGUUUACUCUCAACUCGAUAUAGAAGUGGCUCAAAUGAAGAGAGACAAGAAAAGGGUUGCUGUUGUUGGCGGUGGUGAAGAGAGAAAAGAAGAAGAAGAAGAGAGAGAGGGAGAGAAGGAGAGUUUGCCUAAUCCGGUGCAGGCAGCUUCAGCUUCGGCUCUUGCUUUCUCAGUUGGUGCAAUGGUGCCAUUGCUAGCUGCAUCAUUUAUAAGGGAGUAUAAGGUAAGAGUAGGGGUGGUAGUUGGAGCAGUGAGCUUGGCUUUGGUGGUGUUUGGGUGGUUGGGGGCUACUUUAGGAAAGGCACCAGCUGCUAGGGCUGCAAUUAGGGUAUUGGUUGGAGGGUGGCUAGCUAUGGCCAUUACCUUUGGUUUGACAAUGCUUAUUGGUUCAAGUGGGCUUUAAACAACUAUUGUAUGUUUUAGUUUUGCUUAAUGCUAAAUAUAAACAGAUCUUUUAUCAGAUUUUUUUAUUAUUAGACACAAAAUUAAUAGGAUCCACAUUAAUAAAUACAUGUGGAAUUCAUAUUUUAUGUCUAAUGAUAAAACAAUCAGAUAAAAAUACGUUGUUGUGUAAUAUAUAUAUAUAUAUAUGUAUAUAUACGUUGUUGUAUAUAUUUUUGCUUGUAUGUUAAGUUUUGUUUGCCCUCCGUAUAUGGUUUUUCUUUGUUUUGGUCAAGUGGGCUUUAACUGUCUCUACCUUUUUUUUCUUUUUUCUUUUUUCUUUUUUUUUGGGUUUUUAUAUUGUUGAAAUGCCCGUGGAAGAGCAUUCCCUUUGACUGGGGUGCUUGAAAGAAAAGGAAGGGAAAAGGACGAAGAAUUUUGCUUUCUUGUAUCGUUUUAUGUAUCAAAAAAAUAGAAUGUUGGUGUA